UCCCUUCCGAGCCUGCCGCUUUUUUGCUACUACGGUUGAGGCGUCUGUCGGCGGAGAAGCUCGCGCUGUAAUAGACACUCGCGCGCGCGCGCCAGAGAUCGUGUGUUUAUCUGGCCGCGAGGGGCGGGGCCGGGAUCGGGACGGCAGCUCAACACUCCCUACCCUCAACUGUCGCCGCUGGAAGACCGGCCCUUCCGAGCCAAGGGAGGCCUGGCGAAGCAAGGGCCCCGAAAAGAAAGAAUCGGAGAAACCUGCUGCUGAAACUGAGGGCCGAGGGCAGAGUCACCCGGCAACGGUUAACAGCUGAGGUACUGAUCGAAUUCUGCUCUUCUUCAAUGAGGAACUACAGGCUGAUCUUCUGCCAUAACCUCAAGCAACCAUAAAUGACAAAAGAAUGCUUGAAAGACAGCUUUGAUAUUGGGCUACAUAAAGAUAUGAGGAAGAGCUCCUCCCCUUCCUUGAGUAACUGCAACUCUGUUCUCACUAACAAAAUAUUUGGAAUUCCACUUGAUGAACUGCAGCAGGAAGGACAGCCAGGCAAUGAAAUUCCAUUCAUAGUUCGCCAUGUUGUGGACUAUAUUGAGGAACAUGGAGGUCUAGAGCAAGAAGGACUUUUUCAAGUCAAUGGGAAUGCAGAAACAGUUGCGUGGCUUCGGCAAAGAUAUGAUAAUGGAGAAGAUGUGGACCUGGUUAAAGAAGCAGAUGUACCUUCAGCUAUUAGUCUUCUUAGAUUUUUCCUUCAAGCACUUCCAGAACCAGUUAUUCCUGGCACUCUUCAUAUGCAUUUGAUACAACUUUCUCAAGAUUAUAAUGAAGAUGAAUUUGGAAGAAAGUUGAGGUUUCUCUUGCAGCAGCUUCCACCUCUUAAUUACAGUUUGUUAAAAUUUCUAUGUAGAUUUUUAGCUAAUGUAGCAUCACAUCAUGAAGAUACUUGGUCUGCAAGUUCUUUGGCUGCAGUUUUUGGUCCCGAUGUCUUUCACAUUUACACAGAUGUGGAGGAUUUGAGAGAGCAAGAACUAGUUAGCAGAGUUAUGGCGGGACUGUUAGAGAAUUAUGAUGAACUUUUUGAAAAUGAAGAGGAAGAUUUCUCAUCUAAUUUAAGUUCAAUAACUGAGCAGAUAAAUGAUCUAUUGGAUGAUGAUGUAAAGCUUGACCAGCCAGAAAUGCCAGAAGAAGAAGAAAAUAUGGACCCAGAAUAUAAGCAAGAUAUAGAGCCUCGAGAUAUGAUGGAGAGCAUCUUGGAGUCAUGCAGUGUUGCAGCUUCAACAAGCAAAGGAAUUAGGAUGGAGCAAGAGAUGACUGGCACUGUGACUGCAGCCUUAACUGCCUCUGGUACUCCCGAUGUUGAUGUGUUUUUGAAUGUUGGUUUCAAAGCAUUUCUGAUAUAUCAACUUAAAAGGUUAACGUUUCUGACUGCUCAUCUCUCUCCCUUAAGCAUCUUGCCAGCCUCUGCAGACAUCUUGGAAAGAACAAUUAGAGCAGCUGUAGAACAACACCUCUUUGAUCUGCAGAGCAGCAUAGAUCAAGAUCUCAAGGAUUUACAGCACAUAAUGGUGUGUCAUGAAGCAAAUAUUGAGGGGGAUGAAGGAGGAUCUAACAACCAAAGGGGUAAUACUGAAAAGAAUGUUACUAAAGAUGAUGAGAAUUUUGGAGACUGCUCUGAAACCGUGGAUUGCACUAGUUUAGACAAUGAAGUUGUACAACCUGAUUCUGUAUCUGAAGAAGAAGACUAUAAUCAGGUAGUAGGCAUAUUGUUGAAGCCAUGUAAUGGAGGAGGAGAAGCCGAGGGGUCCCUUGGAGAUAGGGACAUUGGCUCAGGCAGUAGACUGAGAUGUUAUGGUCAAGUAGAUGGUGCAUCAUUCGAUGAUGGCAACAGGCAUUUGACCCUCAGGACUGGGCGUUCUGGUAAGACUUUGCUCCCUCCGACCCCAGUUUCUUUUGGUUUUGAUAGCAAGAUUUGUGAUUCAGAUGCUUAUACGGAAUCAGGAGAACUGAAAAACAGAAAUAAUAAUGCUCCAGAAGCAACACUAUGUGUCCCUGUGCCACAUCUAGAUUUGAAGAAUGUGAAUGAUGGUGAUAAAUGGGAAGAGCCAUUUCCUGCUUUUAAAUCUUGGCAGGAAGAUAGUGAAUCUGGAGAAGCUCAGCUUUCUCCACAGGCUGGAAGAAUUAAUCAUCCUUUGGAAGAGGACAAUCAUCCAGUACUGUCACAUCGGAGCCUGGAUUUUGGGCAGAGCCAGCGUUUUCUACAUGAUCCAGAAAAAAUAGAUUCAUCUAAAGCACUUUCAUUUGUUCGAACUCGAAGAGCGUCAUUUAGUAGCUCUAAGGAUGACAGAAGGGAAGACAAGACUCCUUAUCAGCUCGUGAAAAAAUUGCAGAAAAAAAUCAGACAAUUUGAGGAACAGUUUGAAAAAGACAAAAACUUCAAGCCCUCAUAUGGUGAUAUUGCAGCAAAUCCAAAGGUUUUAAAGUGGAUGACAGAGCUUACCAAAUUGAAAAAGCAAAUAAAAGAUACAAAGCACAAAAGCUCAGAUGGAGAAUUCAUACCUCAGUCACGUCCACGAAGCAACACACUUCCAAAAAGCUUUGGCUCCUCUCUGGACCAUGAAGAUGAAGAAAAUGAAGAUGACCUGCGAGUUGCUCAGAAAGAGAAGAAACCUACCAAGGAGGCCACAGUUGAGCUCAUUUUAAAAAGACUAAAGGAAAAACGAAUUGAAGGAUGCCUACCAGAUGAUAUAAAAAAAAUGACAAAAGACCAUCUGGUGGAAGAAAAAACUUCACUCCAAAAAAGUCUCCUGUACUAUGAAAGUCAGCAUGGGCGACCGGUUUCCAGAGAAGAAAGACAUGCUGUUAAACCCCUCUAUGACAGAUACAGGCUUGUGAAACAAAUGCUGACUCGAGCAAGCAUUACUCCCAUCCUUGGAUCACCAUCAACCAAGAGACGCAGCCAAAUGUUACAACCUAUCAUAGAAGGAGAAACAGCCCACUUUUUUGAAGAAAUUAAGGAAGAGGAAGAAGAUGGUGAUCUAUCAUCAGAACUCACUGAUCUCCUGAAAUCUAGUGCCCAAAUACAGUCUGCUAGUCCAGUUGAAAACUCAGAAUCAGAUGUUGAAGAAAGUCAAGAGAAAUUGACUCGAGAGCUUCGCCUCUCUAGUACCCGUGCAGCUUCCAUGCCUGAAUUAUUGGAGCAACUUUGGAAAGCCAGAGCUGAGAAAAAGAAAUUGCGCAAAACACUACGGGAAUUUGAAGAGGGAUUUUAUCAGCAAAAUGGAAGGAAUGUUCAGAAAGAAGAUCGUGCUCCCAUGCUUGAUGAGUACAGAGAGUACAAGAAAGUUAAGGCCAGACUUCGGCUUCUUGAAGUUCUCAUCAGCAAACAAGAUUCUUCAAAAUCAAUAUAAGUUAUGUUUCUUCAUAACACUGAAUGGUUGUUUUCUUAUGCUGUCAUAGUACUUGUUAGGUGUUUGCUUUGUCUUGCACAGUUGAAAGAAUGCUGGUUUUGUACACUUUAUUAUGGUGCCACAUUUGAAGGGCAAGUAGGUCCAAUCUAGAGAGCUAAUGAAAACCUUACCCAUUUGAGACUGUCCAGCUUUAGCAAACCCAGUUUUCUUCUCUUUUUUUUAUUACAUGUGAAUCUUGUUCCCAAAAAACUGUAGAACAAUAACUGUUCAAAACUGUGGACCUGCAAUCUUCGUUUUGUCUGCAUUUCUUAGUAUAACACAGAACUACUCAGUUGCCUUUUUCUUAUGGGGAACAAUGGCAGCAAAUUAAGAACACAACUGUGUUCCUGGGCACCAAAACAGAACUGAGAUGCCUUUCAGAGGACAGCUAUGGAAUAACGUUGUUUGGUUUCAAAUGACAUCUGUCAUGUAAUAGAAUGGUUUGUGGCCUGUGGAUAUUGCAGCUUAAAACUCCCAUUUGCUCUUCAAUUUCAGAUUACAAUGGACAAACCAGAAAGUGACCUUGCUUGUUGUAUUUUUAAAACUUGGAAAACUGAACAUUAAUAUCACAUAUUGCCUACAAGACUUGCAUUACUGUUAAUUUAUCAGUUAAUCAGCUCAUGGUGACCUAAUGUGUGGUCUGAAUUGGAUUCUGCAUCAUCCCCUUGAUGGGGGAGAAUGUGAUGGUGCUGUACAGCUUCAGCAGGCCUGUGUUAAUUAUCUAACUGCUGUAUCUGAAAUAAGUGUAUUUUAUCAAGGGCUAAAACCAAUAUAAUUAAUAUGAUGGACUUAAGAUGGAUAGAAUCAUCUUUGAAGGGAGUCUUGCUACUAUGUCACUGUUGGAGAAAUGGAAAGCAAAGUGAUUUAACUUUUGGUAUUAAGCAGAUAUAUGAUUCUUGCAUGAUACAGCUUCAGAACUGAAACAUUUUUGGUGAUGUUUACCUUGUCUAAUGUAGAUGACACAACAGCCUUUUAAUGUAUUUCUUUUUGAAUAUUGCAAAACCCGAAGAGUUCAUGGCAGUGCUGCUAUGGGCAUCCCACCUGCCCAUGGAGGGAUUCCAGCUUGGGAAUAACAGAACUCUCUUUUCAUCUUCUUCCCCCACAGUGUCUGUACAUGAUCUGUCUGGGGCCUUACAAGCAGCCAGACCAGAUGAACACCCAUGGGCAAAUGCUGUGUGGGAGUCAAGGGGGAUCAUCUGUAUUAUGACAUUAGGCACUGCGUCUGUGAUAGGAUUUAGCUGAGCCCUAAGUGUUUAAAUUGGUGCGCUUUGGGAUUUUUUGAGUUGAUUGUGGCCAUGUUUUGCAUGUGCCUAUUUGCUGCAUGUAUUUAUGAUCAGCUGAUGUCAGCACAACCAUUUUUUCUCACUGCUUUCUGAAAGACCAAAAAUGAUUUUUUGCAAAGUAAGAAGCGACUGGCAUGUAAAUUCAUCAAGUCUGCCUGCUGACAUGGGAUAGUUUUUUUUUUAAGUAGGGUUUUGAUACUCCAGACGUCUGUUCGCUACGGAAAGGCUUUCUCUGUGUGUGUGAUUGUAGGCAUGUAAUUUUGAAACCUGAAAGAGAGCAGUAAAAUGAUCUUAUAUUCUGAUGCUUUGCUUUUUUACAGAAUUAGAAGGGUUUUUUUAGUGGACCAUAGUAAAUUGCAAGGUUGGAAAUUUAAUCUGGAGAUCAUCUGUGACUUUUAUUCAGCUCCACUGUGCAAUGUACACUUCAGUUACUUUUCUAUCAGUCUGCAGACACAGGUGCAUCCAAACAUUAUGUGUACUGUAUAGUGUUGUACAUGAAUGUUUUAUAUACCACAUGCAAAAUGUCAAUAUGCACUAUUUAAAUGUUUUAAAUAAUAUAUUCCUCCUUUAUAAAACUUAAAUCUAUAUGAUUCCAAUAUUUUUAUAAAGUGAGUGAUCCACCUGGCUCAAAUUCAGAAUUAGCAGCUGCUUUUGUGUAUGUGUUAUGCAGUGUUUGGCUGUUCAGUAUCAUAGCUAGCAUGGCCUCAGUUAUGCUGACAGUGUGUGUUGUACCAUUUUUAUUGAGCAAUAAAUGGUAGGCUUAGGCAUUUUGUGAUAUAACAUAGUUUUACUUUGGUAUAAGUAAAAACUAUAUAUGUGGAUAUAUAGAUAUAUAAAUAUAUAUAAAUAAACCAGAUAUAAAUGAUUGCUAUGUCUGGCAUUUCACUGUAUAGAUUUUUAUAAUAAAAGUAACUUUUAUUGUUAUAUUCAAUUAUA